AGUCGCAAGCGACGCUGAUGCAUACAGAGACACAAACAGAGUGAGAGGGAGGGGAGUGUUUCGUCCUGGCAGCCAGGAAAGACAGACCUUGCCCCUCUCCCACCCCCGUCUCUGUAGAAGCCUGUUUAAAAUCAUCAUUAAAUCAGGUGCAUGCGCAUUCCUCCGGCUCUGCCGUGCUCGUCAUCCUCCGCGCUGGCAGAAAUAAUUUGCGCGCGGUCUCGAGAUGCGGUGCCAAUGUAACUGUGGCUACACCAGUGUCUGAAUCUGCCUCGCGCAACUUCAAGACUUGCUUCGUUAACCGGGUGGUUAGACAAACACGCGAAAUACUGAGGGGCGGAGUGUGACGCUUCAUGCAUGACAGUUCAUGGAUUCUUCAGAUACACCGGGAUUAAGCCAUGACAGCUGUUAGAGGCAACGGGAGGCCAUGUCCGUGUAGAUCACAAUCAAGACGAAAUCAAGUCCAUACGACUGACACACGGGGGUACCUUCGGGGUCACCGUCACCGCGCCUGAGCCGAGCGCGUCUGCUCAUCUGGCGGCUACAUUCGCGGACACCGUGAGGACCAGACUACACACAGAGUAGUAUGUUUCGGGCAUCACAUCUUUCUGUUUGCUUCAGUGAACAUGUCGGUGUGCCCUCAUAGGGUUACUUAUUAAUACGACUUCACUUUAUUUAUUUUAUCCAAGCGACGAGGUAUCGUUUGACAAUUACGCACACCUUUCUCUACAAGAGACGAAUAAAUCAACGCCGGUCGGCGUGAUCUAUGCCCGCCGGUUAUCUUUUCCUCCGAACCCCUCCGGUUUCCAGUCGGACUUCUGGCGUUUGAGCUGGAUAUGUUGACAUUAACGUAAGCAUGGAUGGAAUGAUCAGUCUGUUGGGGCUCCUCGCUCUCUGUCUGGAAGGCAUCUACUGCCAAGGAGUGUACGCGCCUCCUACUGUUCGGAUUGUGCACUCGGGCCACGCCUGCAAUGUGGAGGAGGAACGCUACUCGGAGCGAGUCUACACCAUUAGGGAGGGCGAGAUCCUGGAGCUCACCUGCCUCGUCACUGGACACCCCAGGCCUCAGAUCCGGUGGACAAAGACAGCGGGCAGUGUGUCGGACCGCUUCCAGGACUCCAGUGUGUUCAACGAGACGCUGCACAUCGCAAAAAUCCAGCGACACCAAGGCGGACGCUACUACUGCAAGGCCGAGAACGGCCUGGGCUCACCAGCCAUCAAGUCCAUCCGCGUGGACGUCUACUACCUUGACCCCCCGAUAGUGACCGUGCACCAGAGUAUCGGCGAGGCCAAGGAGCAGUUCUACUAUGAGCGCACGGUGUUCUUGCGCUGCGUGGCCAACUCCAACCCUCCGGUGCGCUAUAGCUGGCACCGCGGCCGCGAGGUGCUCUCACAGGGCUCCGACAAGGGGGUGGAGAUCUACGAGCCCUUCUUCACACAGGGGGAGACUAAAAUCCUGAAGCUGAAGAACCUGCGGCCCAAAGACUACGCCAACUACAGCUGUGUGGCCUCCGUACGCAGCGUCUGCGGCAUCCCCGACACCAGCGUCAUCUUCACUCUCACCAACAAGACUGCUUCUCCUUCCAUUAAGCUGCUGGGCGAGGACCCCAUCGUGGUCAACCCUGGCCAGACGGUGGCGCUGGUGUGCAUCACCACGGCAGGGGAGCCCCCGCCGACUCUCACCUGGACCACGGGAGGGGGCGGCGCUCUGCCGGAGAAGAGCCAGGUGAAGGACGGCACGCUCACGCUACGCGACAUUUCCUCGGACGAGGCCGGCAUCUACAGUUGUGUGGCCAGCAACAACGUGGGCAACCCGGCUAAGAAGUCCACUACCAUCAUCGUCAGAGCACUAAAGAAAGGUCGUUUCUGGAUCACACCCGACCCGUACCACAACGAUGACAACAUCCAGAUCGGCCGCGAGGUGAAGAUCUCGUGCCAGGUGGAAGCCACCCCUCCCGAGGAGCUGGUGUUUGGUUGGCUGAAAAACGGACGUACGCUACGCAGCUCUGAGCGCAUGGUAAUCACGCAGACUGACCCUGACAUCUCGCCGGGGACCACCAACCUGGACAUCAUUGACCUGAAGUUCACCGACUUUGGCACAUACACAUGCGUUGCCUCGCUCAAGCAUGGCACUAUCCCCGAGAUCAGCAUCGACGUCAACAUCUCCUCCACCACUGUCCCGCCGAGUCUGGCGGUCCCGCGGGGCAAGUCACCCCUGGUGGCCCGCGAGGGCGAGACGGUGGAGCUGGAGUGUGUGGUUACAGGAAAGCCCAAGCCCAUCCUGCUGUGGACGCGCGCUGACCGCGAGGCGCCCAUGCCCGACGGCAGCGCACAGAUGGAGAGCUAUGACGGCGUGCUGCGCAUCGUCAACGUCUCGCGGGAGAUGAGCGGACAGUACCGCUGCCAGACCAGCCAGUACAACGGCUUCAACGUCAAGCCACGCGAGGCUGUAGUCGAGCUCAUCGUGCAGUACCCCCCGACUGUGGAGCCGACACACCUGGAGAUCCGUCAGGGUCUAGGCCGGACCGUGGCCAUGAACUGCCGGGUCCUGCGAGCGCACCCGUCGCGGGUCUUGCGCUACGAAUGGCGCCUGGGCUCCAAACAGCUGCAGUCGGGCCACUUUGACUCGCGGGACGAGACGGAGUACACAAUCCGCGCGCUGGCACGAGAGAACUACGGCGAGUACGUCUGCGAGAUCAUCAACGAGGCUGGCGCUGGGAGAUGUGUCUUCAACGUCACCGGCCGGGCCUACGCUCCGGAGUUCUACUACGACACGUACAACCCCCUGUGGCAGAACCGGCCACGGGUCUACGGCUUCAAGCUGCAGUGGACCCAGAUGAAUCCAGACGCUGUAGACCGCAUUGUGGCCUACCGGCUCGGCAUCCGCCAGACGGGGCAGCAGCGCUGGUGGGAGCAGGAGAUCCCAGUGGAGGCCCCCAUCAGGAAGGGCGAGCUCAUCACCUACAACCUGGCCAGACUCAUCCGUCCGAGGAGCCUAGGUCGCCUCACUCCCAUCCACAGCUUCGGAGGGGAGACUCCACCCCGUCUUUGUCCCCCUAUCAAUCCACAUUUACGCGAGUUCCACUGCAGCUUCGAGGAGGAGCCCAUCUGUUUGUUCAUCCAGGACAAGAACGAUGAUUUUGACUGGACACGACAUAGCGCUGCCACUCGCGACACCAAGUACACGCCCAACACAGGCCCCAGCGGGGACAGAGCCGGCUCCAAGCAGGGUUUCUACAUGUACAUUGAGACGUCCAGGCCUCGUAAGCUGGGAGACAAGGCCCGUCUAGUGAGCCCGGUCUUCAACGUGGCCCCCAAAAACCCCUAUGGCCUCACCAACCCUCCAGCAUACUGUUUCAGCUUCUACUACCACAUGUAUGGCAAGCACAUCGGUAAGACCACCAGACUGCUUUAUACUAAGGGUCAGUCAGCUUCAGCAGAAAGCCCCGUGUGGACGCUCACCGGUAACCAGGGCGACCGCUGGAGGCAGGCCAAAGUCAGCGUCCACCCAACAGCAUCUUUCCAGGUGGCGUUCGAGGGCGUCCGUGGUCCCGGGAUCGAAGGAGACAUCGCCAUCGACGACGUGGUGCUGGAAGAGGGCGACUGUCCCAACACUCCACCCAAUCCUGAAGAGUCCAGGGCUCCUCCCAGGGAAAUGCAUAUAUGGCUCCUUCUGGUCACCGUGGCGAUGGCCUUGCUGAGGGGUCAGAGGUGACCCUCCCGUGAGGCGAGGCGGAACAGCGCCCCUAGUGGAUGGAGUCUGUGUGCAUCGGGGACCCUCUCUCUGUAGCCACCAAAGAUUCGCGCUUUUGGACAUUAUCUUGGGAGGACACCACAGUCCUUACUCCAUUCACACAAACUCACUCAAGGGAGAAAUCAACAUAGAAAGUAAUAAAGAUUUGCUAAUGUUUUUUUUUUUUUUUAAGUUCUACUAACUUUUUUGGUCAAAAGCUCCUCUUGGCCCAAAUGAGAGGGAGGGCCUCUGUUUGUGUACUUUCAGUCCAACUCAAAUACUGCUUGGACUUGUUGGAGGGAGCAAUCAGAAAGCAAGGGGGCGAUUGCAAAAGCACAAAGCCAUGCUUAUUGACUACCACAUGCCACUGGAGAUGAAAAGGUCAUUGACCCAAAAAAAAGAAAAGGAAAAUGGGGCUACAACUAGACAUACUUUUGUUCACAACAGAAACAAACAAUGAAGCAAUUCUCCGUAAUUCCCUCCUUCAGAAAGACACAAAAUCACAGCUUUUUUUCACAUCCCCAUUUCGCCCACCCUCUGCGCGAGUCCUCAGCUGCACACGCUCUCCAAAUCCACCUCCACACCCACAACCCCCCCACCCCCAUCUCCACCCUACCCCACCUCUUUCCUGACGCCUGUCUAUUUUUAGCUUGGUGCUUUUCACUUGAGAAAUACAAUUAGAGAGAAACCACACCACAAGGAGGAACCACACCACACACAUCAUCAAAACUUCUCCUACACAUGGCAUCAACUUCAGUCUGUUUUCCCAAUGACCAGCUACCUAGUUAUCUUUCUUAACACUGUGCCCGUAAAGCAGAGUGGCCAGUCUGUGGUAAGGUAUGGAGAGGAGGUUCUGUAGGGCUCUAGAAGUUUCUAGAAUGUUCUCUAGAGUUUUAGAAGUGGAGGGUACUUUGGAUGGGUGAGAGAGGGAGAGAGGGCCGCAUGAGAAGCAGACGAGAGAGAGAGAGAGAGAGAGAGAGAGAGAGAGAGAGAGAGGGAGAGAGAAUGAGAGAGAGUAAGGAAGAGGGAGACAGAUGAAGAAAAGAAUAGUAUGCUAUCUUUGUUCCUCUCCUCCUAUCUGAAGCCUCCAGGCCUCCAAAUCAGCUGUGGAGUCCAAGCCACUUUCUGCCAUGAAAACAAAGUGCCUUCAGAUUAAAAACCCACAACAAAAUUCAAAUAAGACCAGUUACCCAACCUGGUCAGCAACCCUAGACAAACAACACACACACCAUUUGCAAUGUAGAUGCUGGCUAGCAUGGGCUAUUUUCUAUCACCCCACCCCUCACUCCCAUUAAAAAAAUAUAGACAAUAAUAGACAAAAGUGGUAUUUGGCACAACCUUAACAGAGGCCGGUAAAACUUGAGACCUAGGAUCUAGAUGAUGUGUGUGUGUGUGUGAGAGAGAGAGAGAAAAUGUGUGGUGAUGCCAUUCCACUCCCCACCAGCAGGGGUCAGUUGUGGGCGAGGGAGGGCAGGUUGGUGGGUGAAGAAGAGAGACUGGAGCACUGAUCUAGACCUCCUGGUAACCGGACCUGGGCCACAUGAGAGCCAGAACAAGACCAUGUCCAGGCGUGGGUUAACUGGAGAGGCCUCUACAGAUCACUGAAGCACCCAGCAGAGGAACACAAAGGGCCGUCUUUUCUCUAAUCCCAUACUUUCAACAGGGGAUGAAGAGUGGGUCGUGGAACAAACUGAGAACUGUGACGAAAACAACUCAAUACAGGAGUAGAAGAGCAAAAAUGAGCAAAUGAAUGAAUCAACAAAUGACUCUCUCUCAUCAAAGCAGAGACAGGAGAACUCAGCAGGGACGGGAAAGGUGGCUGAUGGGAACUCUCCAACAUGGCCGCCACCCGUCCCAGGCCUCUGUUGUUUCUAUACUAUAAUUGUGCAUUCUGUAAGAAUAAGAUAUUCAUAAGUAUAAUAAUAUUUUAUUACUCUGGUGAGAAUGUUUCUCUGCUUUUACACAAACUGUGAAGAGUUAGCAGUGGAAGAUCUACCUGAAUGCAUCCAUAACCUUAACCUGUGGGUUUUUCAACAGUGUUGUAUAAAAAAAAAAGAUGAAGAAACAAAUGAGAGCUUAAAGAUUUUUUCCAUACAUUGUUGGUUAUGAAAAAAGGCAUUUUAAGGACUUAUUUCUUAUUCCUUUUUGUUUCAGUUGAUUUUAAAUGUAAUGUUUUUCUUGUCUCCCUUGCAUUGAACAAAUUUCUCAAGCCGAAGGGGAACAUAAUAAAUUGGUUUGGUUAAAUGUAUAACUUGUAAAUGUUGAAGAUGUUCUGUCAGUUGAGGUUCAAAAGAGACGAGUAACUGUAUGUCUGAGUUGGGGAAGCACAACAUGUAUGGUUUCACAGCCUCCCAUGAAGGAUAUGCAUACACAUGAGAACUCCCCCUACAUCAUUGGCUCUGUCUGACUGUCCAAAACCACCAGACAAGCACCAGCAUGGAGUCAAAGUAGACCCAGGCUUUUUAACCCUUAAAAUGCCAAGAGUGCUUACCACAGACAAAUCAGAAACAGCUUUAGCUUAAGGGUACCUACACAAGGAUUUUAUAACACAUUCAAGAGUAAUUAAAAAAUACUUCCAAGAAGGUAUACAAGUUUAUGGAUCCUUUAUAUUGGUAUACACAGUAAAUAUAUAGUAUUGGCUCUGUGCACUAGGUAACGUCAAACUUCCGCUUUUGUCUUACGGUGGGCAAACCCGUUUCCUGUUCAUUGUUAUCGCUGUCAAAUAGCACCUGAAAAUGAGUGGUUUAGUUGUAACAAAAUGUGUGCUCAGGCACCGAAAAUCCUGCCCUCCUUACUUUGUGCAGCCACGGUGCACGUGGGCUGGCAUUUUUAGGAAAAAGGAAGCUUUUAUAUUGAUUUGAAACCAAGCAGAGCACACAGCAGUGCUCCUUAGAGUCGCCCACGGUUUUAAAAGCUUAAAACACUCAUUGUGUUUCUUACGUUUUGGUACACCAAAAGCACUCAUCUUGAGGUGCAUGUUAACAACAGGAAACGGGUUUGCCCACCGUAAGACAAAAGCGGAAGUUACCUAGCUACCUAGUGCACAGAGCACAAGACAUAUACCUACUGUACAAGAUGUAUAACAGAAAACAUCACAGUGUAUUACCGUAAGGGGAAAUAUAAUGCAAGAACUAUUUCAACACACUUUUCAUCAUUCAUCACACAUAAAUUACCCAUAACAUGUGCAACCCAUGUGCCAGUAAUUAUAUUUAAUUAAAAUAAUUUGCAUGUAUUUACAUACAUUCUUCAUAAACAAAUGUGCUGCUUUUUAAGUUCUUAUGGAAGUGUCAUAAAAUCCCAAUUUUAGGUAUCCUUGAACUGAAAUGUUUCCUCUAAAGGUUUCAGUGGUGAAUCCAGUACCUAUGUCCUUGGAAUGUAAAAAUACUGAGAAAUUUGAUCUAAAAUAUACAUUAUGUGUUGUCAUAUUCUUGUUGCCUCUUCAGUGUUUAAGCUUAAUUGGUGUGUCGACCACAUAUUGUACAUAUACUGGAUUAUGCAGUGACCUAUAGAUGCCACAGGGAACAGACAGCCAACAUGUAAACAAAUAUUGUUGACAAAACAGAGCAAAAUGGGAGAUGGUCAUAACAGGACUAGGAGCAACAUGUGAAGUCAUUGCAACAACCCUUUGAAGCUGUCAGAGGAUAUAUUGUACAUACAUGCAUUAUAUGCACACACACACACACACACAGACACAUACAAACAUACAUACAUACAUCAUACAUACAUACAUGCAUACAUAAAUACAUACAUACAUUCACAUUCAUACAUACAUACAUACACAUACAUACAUACAUACAUAUAUAGAUAUCCAUGUUUUCAGCAAAGCACACGUCUCAGCAGAGGGAUGUCUGUUAGUGUGUUGGUAUUUGUGCUUAUAUGGGGACAAGCCUGUGAGUUCCGCAUCACCAGCGCUAUGCUUUACCAUCUCAGUUUGUUAUUUUCACACAUUAAAUCCCAGGGCAAUUAAACCGAGUGCGUGAGGAAUUGGGAGUCCAGAUAGCAGACUCUGAUUUGGUCCGGAUCUGGCCCGAGGUUACCUGCCUCCUGGGCAAUGAACAGCUGUGGUACUGGCUCAAAACAAAUUCCUGAAUGUCAUCUGUUCACUGUGUUGGAUAUCAUGAAAUGUGAUUGAUACAAACAUGAAUUUUCUCAAUCCCACUCCAGUCAGAGGGGUCCCCUAAGGCCUAAGUCCAGAGAACACACUCUCCCUGAGACGUUCUGUAUCCAGCCGCAUGGCCUCAUGGGAAGGGACAGACAGUGAAUGAAUGCGCCACAAUGCAUGCUGGGUAAAGACCUCAGAAGAGUGAUGACUUGGUCAUGAUCUAAUUUCAAUGUGGCCAAUGUCUCGUGAACCAGACAUCCCGUUGAACACAAUGCUGAAUGCAGAGAAACAUAACAGUACUUUCAAGGCAACUGGGAUUCUUUUAAAGAAGGGCUGUACAACUGGGUGCAAUCUUUUUUACAACAAUAUUUUUGUAAUAAAUUCCACCUAGCGAAACGUUCAUAGUGUUCUACUGACGUCCGUCCUUAGAUGUUUGGCAGUGCUGGUGGUUAUUGUGCGUCAUGUGACCCGGUGGCUUUGGGCCUCCUCCUGUGCUGACCUUCAGUCAUUCUGCUCUGUUUUGGCCUCUGCGUGUCAUCUGACGUUGUCCACUGUGUUUCUUUCGAUUUAUCACCCAUGUCUUCAUGCCAUCUCUGCAACUAAUGCUGAAAUAAAGAAAUGGUAUUUUACGUCUGA